UUCAAAAUUUUACAAAUAUGUAAAAUUGUAAAAAAGUCGUUGUUGGUGCUCAAAUAGUAAGGAAAACCAUAUUUCUCAAAAUAAAGUAGUAUAUAUUGAAAGAAUUGUAACUAAGUUCAAGCUAUGCAUAUGUUAUAAAAAGAUUGUGCGAUCUUUACCACACCUUUUGUUGUGAGAACAUAACCUUACAUUUAAGAAAUUUUGGGUAAAUAGAAAUGAGUAGACCUAGAAAAAAUGCAGGACCUGUUCCAGACAGAUGGAUGCACUGUCCGAGAAAAUCGGAUAAUUUAGUAAUAGAUAAGUUCUUGGCUUUUAAAACACCAUUAAGUAGCAAUUUUGACGAGCAAGUACCGCCAGAAUGUAGGUUUCCGCCAAAGAUGUUAUUUAACUAUUGCAAAUCAAAAAAGAUUAAGCUUGGUUUGUGGAUAGAUCUUACAAAUACGAAAAGAUUUUAUGAUAAAGAAGAAAUAGAAGACUAUGAAUGUAAAUAUGUAAAAUUGCAAUGUAGAGGUCAUGGAGAAACUCCAUCUAUAGACCAAACAACUGCUUUUAUUGAAUUAGUUCACAGUUUCAUAUUAAAACACCCCCUUGAACGUAUUGCAGUUCAUUGCACCCAUGGUUUUAAUAGGACAGGUUUUCUUAUUGUCUCGUAUUUAGUGGAAAAGAUGGAUUGCAGUCUCGAAAUUGCAUUAGAAAUGUUUGCAAAAGCAAGGCCUGUUGGGAUAUAUAAAGAAGAUUAUAUUCAAGAGUUGUAUAGAAGGUAUGACGAUGUUGAUGAUGCACCACCUGCACCAAAUCUACCCGAUUGGUGUUUGGAGAGUGAUGAUACUGAAGGUACAAAUAAUUUUGAUUUUGAUGACCCUUCUGAUACAGCCUCAACAUCCUCCAAUAAAAACCAAACGAAUAAUAAAGGGAAAGGAAGUAAAAACAAAAAUGCAGUAUUUAUGGAAGGAGUUCCGGGAGUGUAUCACUUUCAAGAGCAACCGAAAGCAUAUCAGUUGCAAAAGAAGGUGCAAACAAUGUGCGAAUGGAAGCGUAAAGGUUUCCCAGGGUGCCAACCUGUCUCUAUGGACGUGAAGAAUAUUGCUUUCCUUAGUCAGAAGCCUUACAGGGUAUCCUGGAAAGCUGACGGUAUGAGAUAUAUGAUGCUUAUUGAUGGAGAAGAUGAGGUAUACUUCUUUGACCGCGACCACAAUAUUUUUAAAGUGGACGGGGUUAGAUUCGUCCAUAGGAAGGAUAUUAGAAGGCAUCUGAAAGACACUUUGCUUGAUGGGGAAAUGGUUAUUGACAAAGUGAAUGGGGAGGACAUCCCCAGGUACUUGGCUUAUGAUAUAGUAAAAUUCGAGGGCUUAGACGUUGGCAAGAUGCCUUUCCAUCCGAACCGACUUCACUGUUUAGAAAAUGAAAUUAUCAAGCCAAGGUAUGCAGCUAUGGAAAAGGGCUUGAUAAAUAAGACCUUGGAGCCAUUCAGCGUCAGGAAAAAAGACUUCUGGGAUAUUACCCAGGCAGCUAGUCUUCUAGGUGAAAAGUUUGCCAAAACUUUGUCUCACGAACCCGAUGGAUUGAUCUUCCAACCUUCCAAAGAGCCAUACACUGCUGGACGUUGCGAUGAAGUACUGAAGUGGAAACCUUUGGAUAUGAAUUCUGUUGAUUUUAGACUGAAAAUCGUUAAGGAAGAGGGAGAGGGUAUCGUUUCACGUAAAGUUGGUUUCCUUUAUGUGGGACAACUGGAUACGCCUUUCGCCAAGCUUAAGUACACGAAAGCUCUGAAGGAUCUCGAUAACAAGAUAAUCGAAUGCAAGUUCGAAGGCGACCAGUGGAAGUUCAUGAGAGAAAGAACUGAUAAGUCGUUUCCUAAUAGUUUUAACACGGCUAAAGCCGUGUGCGGGUCCAUAAAAGAUCCCGUUACAAAAGAAAAACUGCUGGAAUACAUAGACCGAUUCAGGUUCAACAACGACUACGAGAUUAUGCCGCCGCCCACGAAGAUGAUACGAAGAUGACCUUGUAGACGUAGUCGAAUCGAUAUUGGAAUUGUGUAUAACUGCAUUUUUUUAUUUAUUUAACAACAAUGUUAUUUUUAUAUGAAUUUAAAAAAAUAUACACUUAUGUUCA